GUGUGACGGACGGAGAACCGCCCAGCUUUUACAGUGUGUGUGUCGGUGAUGUAGCUCCAGAUGAAAGUUGGCAGUGUCCUGUUGGCUAAGGUGUCAGGACGGAAAUAUCACUCCAAUAAGGAGCUAAAUGGACGAAGGAGCGUUCCAAAAACCCGAUAUUUAAGAGCGACAUGAUGUUUUCAGAUACUAUCUAUUUAUAGGAGUCUUGACUUCUUCCUCCUGGGACUAAUGGAAGUUGACAUCUGCUUUAAAAAGCAGCUGGAUUCAUGGAUUUCGUGAGGCCGAUGAGUUUAGUCAUGGAUGAUCGUGGAUCGCAGCCCCGUCCGCGGAGCACUUCUUUGAGGUUGUCGACCAAAACCAAAGCCCCAUCCCCGCCAGGACUGAAGACUGUGGAUUGUCCAGGUUUCUCCCACUGGCCCCCAGGAAGCCCUCAUUUAACCAUGGACCAGAAAGAGAACCUGAUGGAUAAAGAGCUCUCUCUUACUGUGGUUUUGCCUGGUGGAUCGGAAAAGAAGACCCAAGUUGAAGGAAGCAAACCUCUGAUGGAUCUUUUGGUGACACUCUGCGCAGAGUAUCACCUGAAUCCAUCGAGCCACACAUUAGAGCUGGUCACUGCCAACAGGAAAAAUGUCAAGCUCAAGCCCAAUGCUCUUAUAGGAACCUUGGAUGCAGAAAUGAUCAUAUUGAAACCGAAGGGAGAGGAUACAAAUAAGAAGACGGGUCCACAGAUGCCAGAGGCUACUGUUCGGAUGGUGAUAAACUACAAAAAGACCCAGAAGACGGUAUUACGAGUAAAUCCGCAAGUUCCUCUCCGUGAACUGUUACCGGCAAUAUGUGAGAAAUGUGAAUUCACCCCAGAGACCACAGUUCUGUUGAGAGAUGUCACAUCAUCAGCCCCUUUAGACUUGUCUUGGUCUCUUAAUGAUUUUGCAAUAAGGGAAGUUUACGCAAAAGACACACAAGGAGAAGUUUCUUCUGUGUGCCCUAGCUCACCAGCUUCUGCAGGAUCAGUAACUCCAGGGAAAGAUAAAAAUCAGAAAGAAAAAGAAAAUAAAGGCAUAUUCACCAAGUUUAGAAAAAGCAAAAAGAAAUUGGAGCAGCCAACAACGGCCAGUGCCCCAGCUUCUCCUGUGCUUGUCAGCAAGCCCCGACCGCUCAGCAUGGCCUUACCCUGCUCAAAUUCAUCCCCGAUCGACUCUCCCACAUUCUCUGAUCUGCCAAAGAAGAGGCGUGCGCCCCAACCCCCGAUCUUUGUGUCUCAGAGCGGUCAAUUAAUCACCCGCCAGAGAAUCAACUCUGAACCCAGCACCCAACUUGAUAGGAUUCAGAUGAGUCCUGUAAGUCGUGGUUCCUCUGCAGAAUCUUCACUGAGGAGGACCAAACGCAAAGCUCCUCCACCUCCAACAUCUCCAAGCCCUGUUGUCCAAAAAACUGUGUCAGAAGAGGAACAUAUGCAAGCAACUGCAGCUUCUACCACGCUGCAGGAGAUCACAGAGCAGGAGGAGGCUGGUGGGUCUGUAAUGUCCUCAGCCGCUACCAGUGUCCAGAAAGAGAAUGGCAGCCUCAACAUGUCCCAUGAAUCCUUACUUCACCCACCUACUCCAGAUGCUGAGAGUGGGAGUACAGUGGAGGCUAGUGGGGAAGAUCAGUGUCCUGAUCUAUCCUCAGAUGGCAAACGAGUAGACAGCUUUGUGAACGAUUCUGCAGCUCAGGGUAUUAAGGAACGUGAUGGCACAGAUUCAUCUGAACCCACUAUCACUGAUUGCGUAGCAGUUCAGGUUGUAGAUGUUCACCCAUGGCCCACCUGCGAAGAGACUAAAGCUGACAGCAGUGAGAGCAGACUACCUCCUCCUGUACAAAAGGAUGCAGAAGUUCAGGCCUCCAGUGACUCAUAUGCAGAACCCCCUAGAGAGCUGCCUGAUGGGCCGGCGAGUUCAGUGACCUUCAGCACGCCGUGCCCUGCUGGAGAAAAUGCUGUAGUGCAAACAGAUUCCAGGGGACUCUCUGUGCCUCCACAGCAACAUGUGGACACAUUUUCUUCACCAGCUAAUACACUCACCUUAGGGCUGACAGAGAACAAAGAUAUGGCCACUUCAACGGAGCUGGAACCCUCUGAGCCUGAACGUGUCUCACAGCACACUUCAUCAACCUCGACCUGCCAAGACUCAAAGCCAAGCGUGCCGGCCCCAAAGAAAGCACUGUCUCUGCAAGCAGCAGACUCUGAGCUAAAGCCGAAGCCUUCGAAUGAGCUGACAAGAGACUACAUUCCUAAAGUCGGGAUGACAACCUACACGAUUGUGCCUCAGAAAUCCCUUGAGAAGCUCAGAUACUUUGAAGUUGCACUGACACUGGAGGCGCCUCCAGAAGCUCCAAGAGAGGAUCUUGAUUCUGGUUCUCCUGGUUUGAAAGAAGACCAGAAACAGACUGAAGUUUUAAAAGAGAAAACUGAGUUAAAUUCUAACUCACCCAGGGAUGACUCACUGUCUAGCACAAUUAAUACCACUACUACUUUUAGUACUACUACAAUGCAACACACUGUAAAUGGAAGUAUACCUGAACCACCUCCUCCCUCACCACCGAUGACUAUACAGAGUGCAGACAAAAUUUCCUCAACUAAUGAAGCGUCUCAACCAGGUUCGCCAACAGAGACCAAGGAGAUGAAAAUUCCACCCGCAACUAGACCUAAGCCUGCUUCUUUCCGCUUGGCACAGCACAAAAAAAUACCUGGAUUUUACGUAACUUCAGCUGCUGAGAAAAGUCUUAGUUUCAGUCCUGCCUCUGGCCUCAAGGAGAUUCAAGGGAGUCCAGAUAGAGCAGCCCUGCCCUCUCCUCCUCCUCCUCCACCUCCUCCUCCUCUUGCUCCUCCUUUACCUCCUGUGCAGUGUCAAGGGGAGACAGCAGAGGUCACUGCCGUUCAGCUGAGCCCGAAACAGGAUGUGGCCUCCAUGCGAAUGAUUAGGCAAAGCAGUGUGCCGUCCAGAGAGCCAGGUGCUAGGUUAAACUUGGCAAAAUUAAGGAGCUUCGCAACUCCUAGACCGUUUUCUCCUUCGACGCCAUCCCGAUUCGCCCAGGCUGUAUCCUCGGCUGUGAAAAGAAGCCAGUCCCUGUCUCAUGGACCAAAAUCACCUCCCUCCUCCGUGUCGCCGCCUGUUUCUCCAAUUACAAGUCCCUCACCAGUUAUCCAGUCAAAGGGUUUAUCUGAAUUCAAGCUGGGUGAGGAGGUUACUGAGAUGGCAAAAGAGACCGGACUGUAGCAGCUUUGUAAUUCCUCUGACGAUUUAUUCUUCACUGAGGAGCUCAUCUUGUAUGCUUUAAUUUCUCCAGAAGCGCUGUCCUCUGUGAAACCUGUGUCCGUGGUCUUCGCCAGGCAUCAUAAAACUUUGAUUUUUUUUUUAAUGAUUUUAUUAUCACAUCAUUCUUAUUAUUUGUGAUUAUUGUUGGCUUCUUUUAUGUGACAGCUUUUAUGCAUUUAAUGCAAAGAGAUAAUCCUAUAAAUUAUUAGUGAUUCCCAGAGCGAUAAUGUUUAUGGAUUUACUAAGAUAGUGCAUUAUCUAAAUAAUACUGGAUGUGUAGGACAGAUCUGGUCUGACCUUCAGUAAAUGUUUCCAUAUUUAAGUUUUAGAGUUUCCAUUCCAGUGGAUGCAGAAGAGCACUGCUGUGUACACGUGUUCUUGUUCGGUGAGUGUUGCUAUGAUUAAAGCUUUUAUCAAGGCA